UCGAACUCACCAAAGACACAUGGCGGCACUUCGCCCUUGCUCUCUUCCCUUCUUAUCUUCCACUCUCUCUCCAAAACCAAUCUCUCUCCUCCAAUCCCAAACCCACAUUCUCUCUCGAAAAGCUCCAUUAAAACACCGAAUCAGAAGACGCAAGAAUCAUGGCCACGAGAGAGCCUCUCUAAUGGUGGUAGCUCAAGCCAAAGGCAACAACUCCAUUGACACCCCAGACCGAGUAAUCUCAGCUGUCUGUUACUUUUACCCAUUCUUUGAUGGAAUUCAAUAUGGAAAAUAUGUUAUAACCCAGUUCUCAGCUAUUGAAAUACUAUUACAGCCUCUUGUACCAGCAAUUAGGAUCUUUAAGGCCUUUCCCUUAAAUGGGUUCUUGGUUUUCUUGGCCCUUUACUUUGCAGUGGUGAGAAACCCAAGUUUUAGCAGGUAUGUGAGGUAUAACACCAUGCAAGCCAUUGUUCUUGAUGUGCUCCUCAUUUUCCCCGACCUUCUAGAGAGAAGUUUUUCCCCAAAAGAUGGGUUGGGGCUAGAUGUGGUGAUGAGCUUGGAUAGCACUGUUUUUCUCUUUCUGCUGGUUUGUUUGGUAUAUGGUUCUGGUUCUUGCUUGUUGGGUCAAUUGCCAAGGUUGCCAUUGGUUGCAGAAGCAGCUGAUAGGCAGGUGCCUUAGAAAAGACUGGAUCUUUUAUAGUGUUUUUGGUUCCUGGUUUUAGAUUGAGCAACACCAAUUUUCUUAUUACUCAUUUUGGAUGGUUUAGUUUUUAUGUACUGAUAAAGUGGUAAUGCAACUUCAAGUUUCUUAUUACUCAUUUUGGAUGGUGUGAUUUUUACGUACCGAUAAAGUGGUAAUGCAAUUGUAGCUAUUGGA